UUUUUUUUUUUCCUCUGGAAGUUUUCAUCUGGAGUCGAACCGGAGGACGAGGACGGAGACGGUUAACGGAAACCGACUUUAACGGGGACGGGAGCGGUUAACGGAGACUUCAAACGGGCACGGAGUUCAACGGAGACGGUUAACGGGGAAGGAGUUUAACUGGGACGGCGCGGUUAACGGGGACGGACGAGUUUACCGAGUGUGUGUUUGCUGUGUUUUUCUGGACCCCCGCCACCGGCCCGACCCUCCACGCGCUCCAGGCCGCGGCUCAGAGCUCCUGCCUCGGCCUGGCCUCUGCGCUCCGCCCCGCCGUGCGUCCCGGAGCGCAGCGGAAUGGAGGGAUGAGGAGUCCCGGGGGAGGAGGGUCAGUUUUCAGCCUCCAUCUUGGAUCAGUACCUGAGGGGGCGGGGCUUGGCGAGCCCAGCUGACGUCACUGAUCGGGAAUCGAUAGGUGUGAUGGGAGGGGGAGGAGUCAUGGAGGGUCGGCGGACCUGCGGGGUCUCCUCCGGGGCCUCCGGGGCCUCUGGGGCCGGGCUGCGGGGCUCCUCCUGCGGGCUCCCGCUGCUCCUGCUCCCGCUGCUGCUGCUGCUGAGCUCCGGCGCAGCGGAGGAAGAGGUGCUGAUGAACACCAAGCUGGAGACGUCUGACCUCCGCUGGACCACGUAUCCAUCCGAGGAACCUGAGUGGGAGGAGCUUAGUGGACGCGAUGAUGAGCUGAACAGCGUGAGGACAUUUCAGAUCUGCACCCCCAACAAUCCGUCCUCCCAUUGGCUGAGGACACGCUGGAUCAGACGCAGGGCGGCAACAACGCUCUACGUGGAGAUCCGCUUCACCAUGAUGGAGUGCUCGGGGCUGAACCAGCGCCACUGUAAGGAGACCUUCAACCUGUUCUACUACCAGUCGGACAGCGACGAGGCCACGCCCACUCACCCGGCCUGGAUGGAGAACCCGUACACCAAGGUGGCCACGCUGGCCGCCGACCACCUGCUGCGGGGGGGCGGGGCCGAGCGGCGCUCCAACGUGAAGGUGCUGCGCCUGGAGGGCUUGCAGGGGGCGGGGCUGUACCUGUCCUUCCAGAGCCAGGGCACCUGCAUGGCCCUGCUGUCCGUCCGCGUCUUCUACAGGAAGUGCCCGCCCCUCCGCCGCGCCUUCGCCUCCUUCCCUGAAACCGUGCCGCACGCUCUGGUGGAGCAGGCUCAAGGCGUGUGCGUGGAGAACGCCGUGACGCCGCCCGGCGAGCGCGCGCGGCCUCCCAGCAUGCUCUGCGGCGAGGACGGGCAGUGGGUGGGGCAGCCCACGUCCAGCUGCGCCUGUCGCCCCGGAUACGAGGCCGGAGAGUCCGACGUCCGCUGCCGAGCCUGUCCAUCGGGCCAGUUUAAGGCGGGGUCUGGACCAGGUUGGUGCAGCACCUGUCCAACCAGGAGCAACACGCUGAUCCCAGGCUCCGCCUACUGCCCCUGUCUCCAUGGUUACCAUCGGGCCGACUCCGACGCGCCAGACGCCGCCUGCACCAGCCCCCCCUCCGCCCCCCGCUUACCUGUGACUCAGGUCAAUGACACCAUGGUGACGCUGGAGUGGAGCGAGCCUCUGGACCGAGGAGGACGAGGAGACCUGACCUACAGAGUCCUCUGCUCCAACUGUGGGCCCGCCACCACCACCAAGGGAUUGGUGGGUUCCUGUUCUCCCUGUGACGAUGGCGUCCUGUACCGGCCGGCGCAGCGUGGCCUGACUCACCGCCGUGUGGUCGUUUGGGGGCUCCGCCCACAAACCAAGUACAUGUUCACCAUCCAAUCACUGAACGGCGUCUCAGCCCUCAGCCAAUCAGAGCCGGCCUCCGACCGGGUCAACGUCACCACCAGCAGAGAUGUCCCUCCUCCAGUAUCAGGUCUGAGGAGGACGGGGGCCUCAGAGACCAGUCUGUCCUUAGAGUGGAACGUCCCGGCUCUGCAGGACCAGCAGCAGGUCCUGGACUACCAGCUCCGCUUCUGUCCCAAGGACGGAGAGGACGGGUGUCAGUGGCAGUACGUGUCCAGCAGGUCUGCUUCGUUUGUGCUGUCCGGGCUGCAGCGGGCUGCGCGGUACCAGGUCCAGGUCCGGGUCCGCUCCCAGGCCGGGUUCGGCUCCUUCAGCUCGCUGAGCGUCUUCAACACGCUACCGGACGGGGUGGGACACUCUCAGCUGGUGCUGACCGGGGUCCUGGUCUCCAUGGCGACGCUGCUGCUCAUCGCCGUGACGAUAGUGUCUGUCUACUGCUACCGCAGGAGAAGGAGACACUCAGAGAACGAUAAGAGUGGACACUACCAGAUGGGACAGACGAUAAAGGUGUACAUUGACCCGUUUACCUAUGAAGACCCCAAUGAGGCGGUGAGAGAGUUCGCUAAAGAGAUCGACGCCUCCUUUGUUAAGAUAGAGGAAGUGAUUGGAGCAGGUGAGUUUGGAGAGGUGUGUCGUGGCCGUCUCAGGAUGCCCGGUAGGAAGGAGAACUACGUGGCCAUUAAGACGCUGAAGGGCGGCUACACGGAGAAGCAGAGGCGGGACUUCCUGUCCGAGGCGUCCAUCAUGGGCCAGUUCCAGCACCCCAACAUCAUCCACCUGGAGGGCGUCAUCACCACCUCCUGCCCCGUCAUGAUCCUCACCGAGUUCAUGGAGAACGGAGCCCUAGACAGCUUCCUGAGGAUGAAUGACGGGCAGUUCACCACCAUCCAGCUGGUAGGGAUGCUACGAGGUAUCGCAGCAGGUAUGAAGUAUCUGUCAGACAUGAGCUUCGUCCACAGAGACCUGGCAGCUCGCAACAUCCUGGUCAACUCCAACCUGGUCUGUAAGGUGUCAGAUUUUGGCCUCAGCAGGUUCCUGACUGAGAACUCGUCAGACCCGACCUACACCAGCUCUCUGGGAGGGAAGAUCCCCAUCAGGUGGACGGCUCCAGAGGCCAUCGCCUACAGGAAGUUCACGUCAGCCAGCGACGCCUGGAGCUACGGCAUCGUCAUGUGGGAAGUGAUGUCAUACGGAGAGCGGCCAUAUUGGGACAUGAGCAACCAGGACGUGAUAAACGCCAUAGAGCAGGACUACCGUCUGCCCCCCCCGCCUGAGUGUCCGUCCCCCUUGCAUGUCCUCAUGUUGGACUGCUGGCAGAAGGAACGAGCUAAUCGGCCCCGGUUCUGUGAUGUGGUGGCGGCGCUCGAUAGGUUGAUCCGAAACCCCGCCUCCUUGAAGGCGACCCACCCGGAAGGAGCAAGUCCAUCUCAGCCUCUGUUGGACCAGCGUGUCCCCCCUCGUCUCUCAUCCUGUGUCUCGGUAUCUGAGUGGCUGGGAGCGAUAAAGAUGGAGCGCUAUGAGCAGAGCUUCAUCCAGGCGGGCUUCACCAGCCUGGACAUCGUCUCUCAGCUCAACACCGACGACCUCCUCAGAGUGGGCGUGACCCUCGCCGGCCACCAAAAGAAAAUCCUCUCCUCCAUUCAGAUGCUCAGGAUACAAAAAGCCCCGCCCACUCUGCUCUACUGACCAAUCACAGGCUGCCACACAAACUGAAACCUCAAAGGCUCCGCCCCUGUGACACGCUUCCUGCUGUUUGACUCACUCCGCCCACUGUCUCGUUCUGACCAAUCACAAACGAGCACGGCGAAGGA